UAAUAUAUAUAAUUCUGUUGCUUCCAGAUUCCUAAAAAUGCAAAUGGGAAGGGGGUAGUUUUAAGACAGGAACCAAUUAUCAACAAGUCAUCAACAACAUAUAGGAAAAAUCUUUAGCAGACAUGUUUUGCUUACUUACUUAUAUUGUAUUAUAUUAGGGACAAAGUUUUACAACUGAUGUAUGGGUAAUUGACUUUGGCUUUCUUUUGGCUAUGUUUGGUGUUCUGUAAAAGCUGUGAGAGAAGUUGUCAUUAUUUUUAAACAGACAAAUCCAAGAGCUUUUUAAUCACUUGUACUAGUUUUGCCCUAACUAUCACAAAUCUUUAUAAUUACAGUUACCUGUCAAGAAACACACACCAAAAUUGCAAAACCUCAAGUUUUGGAAAUGAGCAGUGACUGGAAGAAUGAUACAGGAGUUACCCAUCAAGAGACAAUCAUCAAAACUGCAAGACCUCAAGCUUUGAAAACAAGCGGUGACUGGGAGAAUGAUAAAGGAGAUGCAUCUGCACCAACAGUUAGCAAUAAAAAAGGGAAGGCUAGUGAACCAAAACACGGCAAAAAGAAGAUUAAACAGGGCACACCAAAGAUGGCUGAGUUAGAAGGAUUGGGUAUAGAUAUUGGUGACAAGUGGAAAACUCUGGGAAGACGCUUAAAAGU